AUGUUUUGGAUUUAUUUCAUGAAACAAAAGUAUGAAGUUGCACUUGUAUUUUGGAAGUUCAAAGCUUGGAUUGAGAAUCAAAAUGGCUGCAAAAUCAAAAUCAUAAAGGUAGAUAAUGAUACUAAGUACACAUCUGACAAAUUUAAUGAGUUUUGUGAAGUUGUAAGAAUUGAACACCAACUCACAGUAACUUACAUUCUACAACAAAAUGAAGCCAGUGAAAGAAAGAAUAAAACAGUCAUGGAGAUGUAUGGAAGCAAACCAUUAGUCCAGCAUAUUAGAGUUUUUGGCAGCAUCUAUUAUGUGUUUGUUCCUAAAAUCAAAAAGGACAAACUUGAUCAAAAAGUAAAAAUCUAUAUUUUAUGGGCUAUAGCAACAUCACCAAAGAUUAUAGGACUUACAAUCCACUUACAGUCAAAAGAAGAAUCAAUCAAGCAAACUGUUGCAGACAUGAUAAGUUUUCAAGAUAAAAAAGAUUACAUGUUUGUAAAUGAAACCAUUGAUCAUGAACUAGUGAGAAAAAUCACCCCUUUUAUAGAUAUUUAUCAAAGAUCAAAUGUUGCCAUUCUUGAACCUGCAAACUUUGAAGAAGCUAUCAAAAUUAUAGAAUGGAAGAAUGCCAUGAAAAAGGAGUAUCAAAUUAUUGAAAAGAAUCAAACUUGGAUGUUGGUUGAUAAACCAAACAUUUCUUUCAGUUGUAAGGUUGGACACCAUAAGGUUGCUAUUAGCCUUAGCAAUUGGGAAAAGUUGAAAAAUAUACCAACUUGA